CGAUUCGUUCAGGUGCGUGGAAAGCCUCUAGUUUAAAAUCGGAUUACUAUUAUCAUAUGGAUUCCACGUUAUCGAUCAACUCACAUUGACGUUCUCUUACAUCCAAAUGAUAGCAAAAUUAGCGGGAGAGCAAAUUGACCGACGUGAGAGCAUUUGCCACCUUUCCUUCCAGACGCGAGAGUCAAUUAAUUGCGCAUGCUAAGUGCGAUUGAGUUCUGCUUGGAUCGGCGGCAGCUAGGUGCUAUACCGUAAGACUAACAACAGCCGCUAGUUGGUUGUCGCCAGCUGGCGAGCAUGGUACUACUUUCUGCUAACCCUGUUUGAAAUUAGUGCAUAUAUUUCUACAAAAGUGCGGAAAUAAAAUGUUAUGUUAUAAACUUAAAUUAAAGUGUAAGUGAUGAAAACAAUCAGAAGGGUGACUUCAAAGAAUAUUCAUUCGUGGUAUCUUUCCAAUGAAUAAGCAGUUAGCUUGUAAUCACCAACAUGGAUGUUGUUCCUAAGGUUCUCGUCAAAACCAAGGAAGGUUUCCGAGCAGUGCUCCAAACGACGGGCCAAGAUGUUCAAGCAACUAUUCUGGAUUCAUCAAUUCCUUGCUGUAUUCAAGUCAAACGUGUUCCAGUUGUUUUUAAUCAUCCCUACACUAAACAUGAUUUACAUCAAAACAAUUGCUUUCAAUUGCAUCCGUCGCACGUUCAACUGCUACCUAGUGGCGAUACAUCGGUAUUGUUCGUCGGACGAAGUGGUCUGCGUGGCGGUGGACACAGCUGUUCCAAGUGUGCUACAUACUACUGCGAUCGGUGUCACUACUCUUGCCCGAACGGUACAUGUUACGAUCACUGCUCCCAUCGCAAAGAUCACAAUUGUGCGUCACGGCAAGCUGUUCAACGCCGUGAACAGGAGGAACGCGAACGGCAAGAGCGGGAACGUCAGGAACGACAGAGGCAAGAACAGGAACGGUUGCGACAGCAGCGAGAACAAGAGCAGAGGGAAAGAGAACGCCAGGAAGAAAGGCGGCGGGAAGAGCAAGAACGGAAGGCUCGGUUGCAGCAAGAGCAAGAACGACGUGAGAAAGAACGACAGAGGCAAGAACAGGAAAGGUUGCGACAGCAGCAAGAAAGAGAACGCCAGGAACAAAUCGCUCGGGAGAGGAGACUGCAAGAGCAACUAGAACGAAAACUCGAAAAAGAAUGGCGGCGGGAGCAGCAAGAGGAAGAACGACAAAGACAAGAACAGGAAAGGUUGCGACAGCAGUGGGAAAAAGAGAAGAGAGAAAAUCAAGAGAAGGAAGCAAUCAAAUCUAAAUUGCAACAAACAUUGCAACAGACCACUGCCGUGUUAGAAGAUGAACAGGGUUAUGUAAGUGAAGAGGAGACAGCAAAAUGUAGGUCUAUGAUCGAUCCAGACGAGUCUGGAGCGAUUCAGCAGGAAGGACCCAUAUUCGCCACAGAGACGGAUUAUAGAAAUCGGUUGCCUCAGAAAAAAGCCGAAAUUGACGAAACUAGACUACUGUUUGAAGCAUUUAACUUGAGCGAUGCUGCGCCAGUUGAGUACACCGAAAAGCGCUGUGAUGAGUGCUCGAUUUCGGAGUCGUGGUUCAACCAGAUUGAAAUAAUUGAAGCAAAUUGUACCAAGUUGAUAGAAAUUAUUUUAAUGAGGUUAGAGAAAAACAUGUCUGAGGAAUUCAAGCGAUUAGCGCAGUACGCUAUCAAUAGAGAAUUAAGUCGAAAAAAUAACAGUAAAAACCACGAACAACGGCAUCAACUAAUCGCUCAAACAGUUAAACACAAAGCAUUCAUGCAGUUGUCAAAAGCUGUAAGAAGAAAUAUGUGUAAAGUGAGCAUAGCUUUGCAGCAGCAAAUCGUGGAGUAUGUUCUCAGGGGAGGCAAACUGCAGAUUCGAGUCAUCAAACGAUUUCCGGUGGUAAGAUGGAUCGAACAGAGUUUGAUAUUUGAACUCAUAGUCUAUCCGGAGGGAAAAGUAGAUGAAAUAUUGCUGAAUGUUUUCAAAACCCAUUGGAUGAUUGUUAACGAGUUGUUCGAGCGGCAGGAUCGCCAGAAGCUUCUGUAUGCACUUCGGACAGAGCAGUUGAUUCGUGGGUUGACAUUGCUACACAUAAACGAUGUCUUGGAUAUGGUUACCCAAGUUAAGUUCGUAGGGUUAGACGUAGUAUGCGAAAGGGGAGAAAAUUGGUACAUUAAUUUAAAAACAUGUUGGGUAAAGUCUAUAAUCUCAAAGUUUACCAAUGCAGAAGAUUCUGCGCAACUUGUAGAAUUACUAGUGAGUUUGCCCUGGAACAGUUUAAUGACGCAUCAAUUUCUGAACGCCAUCGUUGGAGAACCAAAUCAGCCAGCGAUAUGUGACUUUUUGUACAAGGUCAAAAAUGAGCAUAUGUGUUAUCCCAUUGUGAUGGAUAUAGUAACAGGAAAAUAUGAGCACAAUAAUGGUGUAGCAGGUUGGAUCAGCAACCUCAGCUACCAUAUUCUUAUUCAGGAAAUAUACAAACUUAACCCUGAGGUGAGUCGCCAUAUAAACUCAAAACUGGGAACAUUUUUAAGAAAAGGUCCAAACACCAAAUUGCUGAAUUUUCUCAAAUCAAAUACGUCUCGUAUAGCACCAAACAUGGACAAGUUUGUGAGAAUUCUAGAAAACACACUAAUGUUUCAAACAACGUCAGACGUCUGGGAUGAUAUUGCAACAAUUAUAUAUUCUGAAAAGAAUACCGAUAAAUGGGAGCAAAAAGUAGACAAACUAAUAGUUUCUUCCAUUUUCGGUAAAAGUUAUGAGUACAGUGUAGAUGAGUUACUCGAUCGUAUGAGCGACUGUACUCUACAUCCGACCAACUUUGAUCGAAAUGAGGCAUUGCGAGCUUUCAACUCGGUGAAAGCAGCAUACAAUUCUAAACUAAAAUCUUCGCAAAUAGGACAUUGGGCUGCUUCUGUCAAGUUGAACUAUGAAAAUACAACUUUGGAAGAAAAAAUUGCUGUGUUGAUAUGCGCUGUUGAACUUAGCCAUGGGUUCAAGCCUCGAGAUUCGCAGAUUUUAUCGUUGUUGGUGCUAUUAAUGGCAAACGAAGACCAUGGGCGACUUGCUCAGAUAAAUACAGGAGAGGGAAAGUCAAUCAUUGUGGCAAUGUUAGCGGUAAUCCAUGCGCUAAAGGGUGUCAAAGUUGAUAUAGUUACGACAUCCACCGAGUUGUCCAUUCCUGAAGUAAAGAAACAACGACCGUUCUUCGAAAUGUUCGGGCUUAAGGUUGACGAAAAUAGUCCUGAUAGGGAUAAGAAAGUGGUACACAGAUGUGACAUUGUCUACGGGACAGCUUGUGAUUUCCAGGGAGAUGUAUUGCGAACAGAGUUUCUGGGAAACGAUUGCCGAGGAAAUCGCAAGCAUCAAGUGAUCAUAGUGGAUGAGGUAGACAGCAUGUUGUUCGACAGCCGUACCCAUAGCGUUCGAUUGUCAGAUGAGAAUCCUGGAAUGACUCAUUUGGAAGUUCCUCUGGCUGUCAUAUGGCAUCAAAUCCAUAACAUCAAUGCCCACAUGAUAGAGCGCGACAAUAAGGUAUUCUUCAUUACCGAGGACUUUGAGGCAGUUGGAAAUGAAAUAAAGUUAUACUCCGGAGAAGAUUGGGAGACUGUGAGUACCGAAGUGCACGAUAAGAAAGAGUUCAUCACAACGCAUACCGAGAAUCAUCUACGAAAGUUGCUGCGGAAGCUAACGGUUGACGAGCAGAAAGAAUACGAAGCCUAUCAAGCAUUGAACCUGCGAAUAAUGGGUGUGGCAGAGCAGCUAUCGAAAGCAAACGAUGACGAGAAAAUGAAGGCCGAAUGCGAACAGAUGCGGUUGGAUCUCAUUAAGCUGCCCUGGAAUACACGCGACCCAGUCGUGGAUAUUCCCGAACAUCUGAGAAGUUUCGCAUUGAAUCAGAUUUCAAUUUGGGUAAAAAAUGCAAUACUAGCAAAAUGGGUGUAUAAAAAGGAUGCACACUACACUGUGAUUCAUGAUAAAAUCAUUCCGGUGAACUUCAACGAAACAGGAGAUCUUCAAACCAACAUGAUCUGGAGUGACGGUCUAACGCAGUUUUUGCAGUUGAAAGAAGGCCUACGAAUGGAUCCGGAAGGUAUAUCAACCAACUUCAUUUCCAAUGUAAGCUUUUUUCAGCGAUACGGCUCUAACAUCUACGGAUUGACGGGAACCCUCGGGGAACAAUCGACGCAAAAUUUCUUGCAAACAAUGUAUGGCACAGAUAUGAUCGUAAUUCCACCAUAUAAAACAACGGAUAUUACUAACAACGAAAUGUCAGGAUAUCGAUGUAAGGAACUUGCACCGUUGGUUCUAUUCAAUCUAAAAACAUGGUAUCAAAGCGUAAAGGAAAAUGCCCUAUAUCAUGCGCAAAAUAAUCGAGCAGUCCUUGUUAUAUGUAAAUACAUCACUCAAGCUCGAAAUAUUGCCAACAUGCUAAGAAAAGUGCAUGAUCCCCGCAAGAUUUUCAUUUAUACCGGAGAAGAAACAAAAUUUGAGAAGAAUGCGGUCGACUCCGGAGAGAUUAUUGUUGCCACAAACAUUGCGGGUAGAGGAACUGAUAUCAAAACAUCGAAAAACGUGGAGAAAAACGGAGGCAUGUGUGUAUUGGUGACAUUCUUACCGGAGAGUUUUCGCGUUGAAAUGCAGAACGUCGGUCGAACUGGUCGUGAAGGGAAACGAGGCAUGGCGCAACUGAUAACGUACGAUGUCGGCAACUUAUCGAUGGAAUCACUGAAGAAGAUGCGACAAGAGCGUGAGGCUACAGCAUUCAACGCGGCAAUCAACGACGCCAAGAAGAUGCUCAUCCAAGACUGUCUAUUCAGUCGGUUCUGCUUGCUGGAAAACGAACUAUUGCCAAGUAUGGACGCAGCAAGAAAAAUGCACAUAUGGGAUUUCCUCAACGCAGGGUGGAUUGAUUACUCAGCGAAUCAUCUGGAUCAUCGGAAAAUUGAAGAGAAGGCGAAAAUUUGGGAGAAAAAGAGCCAUCAAGAGUUUGUGUUAGCUGUGCUGAAAAGUCUCACUAGAGCUGAACGAGGUAAACUGACAAAACAGGAUAUACAAGAUCUGCGAUCUCAGGCAAAGACAAAGGUAGCAAAAGAGUUACCUGCAUUCAAGAAACGUUAUGCCGAAAACGUUUGGAACCAGUACUGUAUCAAUCAAUCCUCAUUAGUUCAUCCAGAUCAACUUGACGCCUUCAGAUACGGUAAGAAAUUCAACCCGAAGGUCAGUGAGCUGGCUUUGCGGUACGGUUGGGGAACCUUCGAAAGAAAAGCCCUUGAGGAAUCCUGGGGUCUUUGGUUGAAAAGCAAACUCUUCGAUGAUGGUGAGACAUCAGCUGAAGAAGAAAUUGUCAUGUUCAGGAAUGAAUUUGAAGAUACAACUCAUCAACGUGCCUCACUGGAUAAGCUUGUACGUAAUCCUUUCUUCUACGUGCUCAAGGGGAACGAACAACUCAACGCACGUAAUUUCGAGAACGCGAUCAAGUGCUACGACAGAGCUAUCGAUCUGGAUCCCGUAUUCUCUGUGAACGCCCGUUAUUGCAAGGCACAAACGCUGUUGUCAUAUUCAGAGAACAAAGGCACCAAACAACAAGAUGCGCUGAUCGAACUAAGAAAAGCAGAGGAUAUAAUCAAAUCCGUGUACCGUCCGAAUCUUUUGACCUUUAACACUUUGAUCGGCCAACAUCAAUGCCUAGAACAAACCUCCCAGCACGUGCAGCACCAGCUAGAUAUCCUGAGCCAGCAAGAAGACUACAUCCGACAAGCGCGCGAAGUUAUUGAGAUGGCACAGAAGAACAAUAACAACGUCAAGGUCACUCUCAAAAAUCUUUACGACGUGCUCUCAGAGGCGAAAGAAGAUCAUGCAAAAGCAAUUCGCGAAGCAUAUGGCAACGGACUGAAGAACUUGUUCACAGUUGAAGAAAAGCUUCCAAGACCAUGGGGUAGCAUUGUGGCAGUUGCCUUGAUUGGCGUUGCCCAAAUCGCCGCUGGAUGUCUGAUAGUCAUGUACACCGGAGGGUCUCUGGGUAUGGGACUGAUUGCGGAAGGAGUAGCCGAUUUAAUCGUGGCCGCAACUGCAGCAAUCAAAGGAGCGUUCAGUUGGGCAGCCUGGGCGACUCAGAAAGUGGUGAGCAUUGCUGUAUCGAUCGUUUGCUUUGGCAUUGCUUCCAUCAAGCAAGCGGCUAAAGCAGCCGGAGAUCUCGGAAUUGGGACGAUCAAACAAGCCGGUAAGAACGUGUUUAUGGGGUUCAAGUCCGGACUUAAAGACGUUUCAAGAACGUGUUACGACAUAGGCAAAGGAAUUGCAGCGCCACAAGGAGGCGUGAAAUUGGCUAUAAAGGAAGUUGGUCAAGCAUUAGGGAAGGGUGUUGUAAAAGAGUGUUUGAACGAAGCUGGCAAGUAUUGCACUAAUCAGGUGUUCAUGAACAAACUGGAAGAGGAAAUUACUACGAUAGUGAGUGAUGUGCUAAUAGAAGCACUUUCUUCGAAUGCGUUGGUAGUGAAGGCUCUGGAGAAAGAUGAACGAAACGGAAAUAGCUACUGGAAACAGCUGUUCAUAAAAGAGGGUAUGGAAUUGUUAAACGAUAAGGAGAUCAUUAAAUGUGCUGACAUGUUUAAGAGCAUUGCAGAAGGUGUCGCAAUUGGAUCAAACUCUUAUGCUGGAAGCGUCAUGGAACUCGUGGGUGUUGGAACAUACACUAAGAAUUUCAUCAAAAAAUUCGACGAGAAAGUUUGUUCUCAUGAAAAGUCUAUUAAUGAACAAACGGAUGAAUCUAGCAAAUCAAACUUAAGUGAUAAAACUGAGUAUUUCACCGGAAGAACCAGUGCUCCCGACAUGGACUGUGAAAGUUCAGAUAUUGGCGUACACCAAGUUACGGUAGAUACAGUAUACAGUUCGAAAGUGUCAGCAAAUGCAGAACUUCGGUCGACUUAUCGGGAAGCGUCAACUCCCAAAACGCUAGCCAAUGUCUUCAAAAGAACCAUAACGGGUAAACUUACGACUUCUAUCCAAGAAAACAUAAUCAAUCCGGCAUUGAAUCACGUUUCAUCGCGCGUAGCCAAUGGUCUGUUUGCCAAUAUGAAGGAGUCCGUUACAAAACUAAGAAACGAGAUCAAAACUGAACGAGAUAAUCGUAGCAAAACGAAUGCUAUGGCGUACUCCGUUUGCGCCUUGAUCGAAACUCCAAACGAAGAAACUCAAGAUCUUGGACCUGAAACUACUAAGAUGAUUGAAAUGGUUACAAAAGAUGAUCACUUACACGACACUACAAGUUUGGCACUAUCCACAGGUACAAUAAAUGCUCCAAUCUCCGUUUACGACAAGAAAGGCCAACUGAAGUAUAUAGUGGGAAGCAAACUGCCUGGUAAAUCUAUUAAUAUUAAACAUUUUGCACCCUCUAAGGAUAACCCGGUAGGUCAUUUCACUUCUUUGGACCCCAACCUCAAAGUGACUCCUUCUGGAACCAACUUCUGUGCUAUAGACGCAGUUGUAGCGCAGCUAAGUUCGACUCAAAAAGAAUCACUUCAAGUUAAUAAUACAGUGGACUUACGCAAUAAAAUGGUUCAGCAACUCAAAAACAACUCGCGCCUAGCAGAGCAAAUGUAUGAUAAACGGGCUCAACUAGAGCGCAUUGCACCGCAUAGAUUAUUCAAUCGAGACCGUAAGCCACAGAAACCACGUAAAUUGGACAAACGUGUUUCCAAGUUUAAUAAUAAGUUCGAAACAUACAAACCAAUGUUCGGAUACACCAUUCUUAACACAAACAGUUAUUGCCUCACAAUAUACAAAUUCAUGCAAUGGCUGGCGAAGAAAGUCCUUCAAUUUAUAACUGUGGAAAUGCUCAAUGAACACUACACGGUCAGAAAAUUCACUCACUUUUUAGCUAAAAUGGGACAACUCAAAAAUGAGUAAAUUGCAUUUCCAGCGGUAGCGCUGGCCCAAGUGCGAAAAUCCAACCAGUUUAUGCCGUAUAAUAAUAUUCUUGACAUCAUCAAGAUAAAACUUAAACUGAUGAGAUUUUUGCACUUGGUAUCGCUGGAAAUGCAAUGUACUAAUUUUUUGAGCUGUUCCGUUUUAGCUCAGAUUUGUGAAAAUCUUGCUCAUUUUGAGUAACUUUUUUUAGCGUGUACGUUGAAGAAAAGUAGACAAAGUUCCAGUGGGAUCGUAGAGCAACAGAGAAGAAGAAGAUUGAAUGAAAAUUACAACGACCGACCAAACACAAGAGCAUCACCUGAUCCUCCAAAUACUCAAGCUUCACCCGGCAAUCACCACGAGUGGCUUCAACAUCGUCGACCCGAUAAAUUUGCUUGUGUGUUCCAAAAAUAAGAAAAUUCGUAAGCACCUGGAUACGAAACGAUCGGUAUAUUGUGGACAAAUUGUGGUACUCACCCCAAAAAUUGUAGUUAAUGCUUGAGAAAAAACUGGAUGCAGCCCACCUUGAACACAAAAGUGACCUUAUAACUGUGUUAUAACGCUGACGCAUAAGGUUUACGAAAUAGAUUACCAUGAACGAAAGCGGGUGCGAUCAGGUAAACGAUCACUGCAAAAUGAGAACAAAGCAAAUACCAAAAAAAAACAGAGGGAAUUUCAAAUGCAAAAAUCGAAGAAGUUUCCAAAAUCACAGAGUCUGUAACAGAAAAUAUUAUCGAAAAAAUCAGCAUUGCCAAGUCACCCACCCAAUGAAAGUUAAGGGUCUCCUCUUUCAUUUGAUACUAAGAGAAAAAUGUUCUAUCGGAAGGUCUAGAACAAUUUUUAUUUUUGUCGGCGCAGGAGUCGAAAAGCUGGCAACCCUGUCAGCCACUGUUCCUAAAGCGACGAGUCAUCUGUCAAAGCGUCGCGGCAUAAUGAAUGACAGGAUUCAUAGCAUUUACACAUAAUAAUAGUUAGACAGGUGAAAUUUAUAGUGUACCCUUAAGUCUACCUUAAGUGAAUUAAAGAGAUUUUGAAUUCAGUUUAUAUUUUGCAGACAAAUUAUGAUUGCAACAAGUAGGGGGCAUCCAUAAAGUACGUCACGCUUAGAGGGGAAGGGGGGGUCUGAAAAGUGUGACAAGCAAUGUAUUAAAUAUAGGGAAAACCAGUAUGAACCCCCUUGGAAAUUUCUAUUUUUAGCGUGAGGUACUAAAUGGAUGCCCCCUUAGUGAGGAAUGAGAUUUCAGUCGUGAAGCAAUUCGGUCGGUAAAACUGAUUGUGAAGUUGUUUGUGAGUGAAUUAGAGGUUAUUUUCGUAGUACAUAUGAGGGAACCAAAUUAUGAUUUCUAGUGGUUCUACAUAGGUCUGGUAACGGUCCGCUAGCUCCGUCGGAGUUCCCGAAAAAGGAAAACGUUGAGAAAAGGAACCAGUAGGGUGUGCCAAACAGAGAGGCCACCGAACUGUAAGUUCGAAAUCAUGCAAAUUAUAAUUUGUGCAUUUUCAUUGGAACUAUAAAAAGAAAUCACAAUAGCAUAGCUGAACGACUUUUCAUAAGAAUAAACUAAAGAUUCCUCCAAUAAUUUUCCAAAUGAAUUCCCGAUGGAAUAGAUACAAAAAAUCCUGUUCGAAAAGAAUGCCGAAUGGAAUCCAAAUGACUUGUCGAAGAAAUUUCUCAAAAACAUUGCCGAAUAAGUUUUCAAAGUCAUUACCGAAGGAUUUUCUAAAGGAAUUGCAUUGAAAAUGCCAAAAAAAUCAUACAAAUGCAAAACACUUGCCAAAAGGAAUGAAGGAUUUGUUGAAGAAAUGUAUGUGUUGAUUUUUUUUGCAAUAUUUUGUUCUGGGUACUUUUAGAGCAUCCAAAAACUUACAAUUUUGUCAAAGACGUCAAGUUUGUAUAUCAUCGAUAAUCAACUGCUUUUCCAUGAAAAAAAAAAUCAUAUUUUCAAAAUUCAAUAAAAAGCUCAAUAAAUAAAAUUAAAAAAAAAUAGAACAGAGUACGAUGUGUCCAAUGCAACGGAGCCAUUGAAAAUCCAUUUGCUCCUUUUUGAAAUAUGACUUUUUGGAAAAAAGUGAUUUUUCGAAGAAAAAAGCCUAUAUCUUUUUAACUAUGAGAGUUAGAACAUCGAGCUCUUUAGAAAAAAUAUGCGUCGUUGAUUGUUCUAAAAGUGCUCGCAAUAAAGGUUUUACAAGAAACGAAUGAAUUAUAAGUUAUUACAAGAAAACUGAGUUUCAUGGAUCACUCAAACAUGAAUCUUUUGAAAAAAUAUAAGUUAGUAACCAUAAUAGAUAGAAUAAUGGUUUCUUCGGCUAACUUGCUCCAAAUAAGUUCUUUUACAACUUUGUAGAACAUUUUGUAUACGUAUAAAAAACUAAAAAAAAAACAGAUGUUUAGAUCAGCUAAACUACAGGGACCACCCUUAUUUCACAAUAACGAGAAAAUAGGUCGAAAAAUAAGAAGAAACUUUCGCAAAGACACCAUGUAUCGAGAACUUAAGGUUUAGGCACAAACAUUUUUGUCUUCCUAAAUACGGCUCUGGACCCAUUGUCCACAACUAAUAUUAAGCUAAAUGAUGGAUUGUAGGUGAUUACUGGUAUGAUUUUACGCAAGGUUGUGAUGUUAUUCCAAGAGGCGUUAAGCCGAGUAAUGGGGCUUUAGGGAACGUCCAUAAAUUAAGUCACGCAAAAAUCGACCAUUUUCAAACAGCCCUCCCCCUAUGUCACACUUUUUGUAUGCACUGAGGAGAUUCUCCGUAUAAGGUUUAUGUUUCAGACUAGAUAUUUUUUGCAAUUUAAUUUCACAAAUUAAAACCAUAAUUAUGAAACAAAAAAUAUAUAAUAUGAGCCAGUUAUAAAAGUUAUGUUUGAAAUAAUAUGAAUUUUAUGGAA